UUAACAAUCAAACAGUUAAUACAACCGCCUACACACUCCACAGUUUUGUUACUUCCCAAACAGAUUAUGUUGAGAAAACAAUGUUUCACUAUUCAUGUAUUAUAGAAUGCUAACGUAGUGAGACGCAUGGUGGGUAUACAGAGAAUCAGUUUAGCAAUGCAAUAAAAGUUCGUCGUUAUCAAUGGAAGUUGGUUAGUCAUCAGCAGGUGCGACUUAUAAAACUGCACUCAUCUGUUUUCCCUGGCAUUCAGGAAGCCGAAAAACGAAGCAACGGCAGCAAUGGUGAACAUCAUGGAAGAUAGGCAGCGUAGUAACCUUGUAUUUUCACUGGUGGCUGUGAUAUGCUUUUCGCAACUAUCUAGUGUUGUUGAUGCUCAGUGCGUGAAAAUAUACGAUAAUAAAGUGACCGACCGAGAUAUCAAGAUAAUUGUAAACGACCACAAUAGUAUAAGAAAUCGGAUAGCAAGUGGAACUUUCCCAGGGCUUCCUAGGGGCAAAAACUUCAAGCAAAUGAAAUAUGAUCAGAGGUUAGCUCAAGAAGCACAAAAGAUCGCUAAUUCAUGCAGAUUUGCACAUCAAAAAGUUAACGAUGGGCGUUGGGGUUGGGUUGGGCAAAACCUGUAUAUAUCGAUGAGUACCGCCAAUAGCAAAGGAGCAGAUUGGGGUGCAGCUGUGAGAUCUUGGUCUAAUGAAGCUAAGUACUAUAAAUAUGGAGGACCAGUCACAUCGCAGAAUGGACAUUUUACACAGAUGAUUUGGGCCGACAGUGAAUUCAUAGGGUGUGGAUAUACCCAUUAUCUGUCAAAUGAUGCUAAGUGGAAAUAUAAGAAGCUGUACGUCUGCAACUAUGGUCCAGGGUGAGUAUUUUUAAUUUGAGAAUUAACCUUGGCCGUAUCCAAAAAACCUUCUCAAUAUAAUGCAAGGCGUUACAAAAUCUAUUACAUUUGUGAUGAUAUCGUAACUAUUACUUUGAUAAAUGAUUUCAUCACUAAUGUGCUUCAGACUACUUUUUUUAGCAGAGAUGACACUUGAAAACAACUCAACAUCCUCUAAAGUUUUUUUGACGAGUCUCAUAUUUUUAAAUUAAAAGUCAAAUGCAACAAAAGUUGGCGAUGGUUCAAAAAUGUAACUACUGCUCACCAAUCCUUUUCAAACUUAUUCGGUAUGGUUGAAAGAAUAAUUGCAACCCUUGAUAAAAGAAACAAACAUGUUCGAAAUGAGCUAAUUUUUGGCGAAGUCUGACAAAUAUUGAAAUAAUUAAUAAUUUAAUAAUAAUAAUUUAAUGGUAUUUGAGCUUGAAAAAAGCUGUACGAGUAGGUAUAUACAAAUAUAUAGAGAUAGCUAUGUCCAAGAUACAAGUCUCGAUUUAUUUAUAGUCGAUUAUUUUCUUUUACAGGGGGAAUAUACAAGGAAGAAAACCUUAUCAAACUUAGUGAAUAUUUUCGAAGCAAUAAUAAAAAAUCAUGAACAUAAUAAAAAAUUACUGAGUAAGA